AUGCAACAAUUUAUGAAACAACCACAAAAUCAUAAACAUUACAAUACAACUGUAGAAUACAAACACACCUGGCAUCCAAUAUUUCAAAAACCAAAUGAACAACAGAUUCAAAAAGGGAACACAACUCAAACAUGGCCAACCCAAGGAAAAAACAAGCACAACAUUAACAGAAAAUAA